GCAUCCUGUCUGGGGGAGGGGAUACGAGUCCCGCCGGCCGUCGAGAGCGCGGCGCCACCAGCCGCGCCGGAGCCACUGCGCCCUCGGCCCGCGCCCGGGACCCCGGCGGCGCCAUGGACCGAGGCCGGGUGCUGGAGCAGCUGCUCCCAGAGCUCACUGGGCUGCUCAGCCUCCUGGACAAUGAGGACCUAAGUGACAGCACACUGGAGAAGAAGAUGGCAGUGGCCUCCAUCCUGCAGAGCCUGCAGCCCCUCCCAGCAAAGGAAGUCUCCUACUUGUAUGUGAACACUGCAGACCUCCACUCGGGGCCCAGCUUCGUGGAGUCCCUCUUUGAAGAGUUUGACUGUGACCUGAGUGACCUCCGGGACAUGCCAGAGGAGGACGGGGAGCCCAGCAAAGGAAUGAGCCCUGAGCCAGCAGAAAGCCCACCUCUGAGAACUGUAGCCAACCCUCCUCCGCCACUGCCCAACAAGCCUCCUCCGGAGGACUACUAUGAGGAGGCCCUUCCUCUGGGACCUGGCAAGUCUCCUGAGUAUAUCAGCUCCCACAAUGGCAGCAGCCCAGCCCAUUCCAUUGUGGAUGGCUACUAUGAGGACGCAGACAGCAGCUACCCUACCACCAGGAUGAACGGCGAGCUGAAGCACUCCUACAAUGACUCUGACGCGAUGAGCAGCUCCUACGAGUCCUACGAUGAGGAGGAGGAAGAAGGCAAGGGCCCACAGCCCAGGCACCAGUGGCCCUCAGAGGAGGCCUCUAUGCAUCUGGUGAGGGAUUGCAGGAUAUGUUCCUUCCUGCUUCGGAAAAAGCGCUUUGGGCAGUGGGCCAAGCAGCUGACUGUCAUCAAGGAGGACCAGCUCCUGUGUUAUAAAAGCUCCAAGGACCGGCAGCCGCAUCUGAGGCUGGCUCUGGAUAUCUGCAGUGUCAUCUAUGUGCCCAAGGACAGCAGGCACAAGAGGCACGAGCUGCGCUUCUCCCAGGGGGCCAGUGAGGUCUUGGUGCUGGCACUGCAAAGCCGGGAGCAGGCCGAGGAGUGGCUGAAGGUCAUCCGUGAGGUCAGCAAGCCCAUCACAGGAGCAGAUGGAGUGGAGGCGCCCCAGUCCCCAGUGCUCCAAUGCAAGCUGGACCUGGACAAGAGGCUGUCUCAAGAGAAGCAGGCCUCAGACUCUGACAGCCUAGGCAUGGGCGACAACGGUUCCAGCCUCAGCCGCAGGGAAGCCUGUGAACAUGGCAAAGGGAAGAAGAGCAGCUUGGCAGAGCUAAAGGGCUCCAUGAGCCGGGCCGCAGGCCGCAAGAUCACCCGCAUUAUCAGCUUCUCCAAGAAGAAGGCCCUGGCUGAGGAUCUGCAGAUGUCCUCCGCUGAGGAGGAGGUGCCAUGCUGUGGCUACCUGAACAUCCUGGUGAACCAGGGCUGGAAGGAGCGCUGGUGCCGCCUCAAGAGCGGCACCCUGUACUUUCACAAGGACCGAGCCGACCUGCACACCCACGUGAACGCCAUCGCCCUCCACGGCUGCGAGGUGGCCCCCGGCUUCGGGCCCAGACACCCAUUUGCUUUCAGGAUCCUACGCAACCGGCAGGAAGUGGCCAUCCUGGAGGCAAGCUGCUCAGAGGACAUGGGUCGCUGGCUUGGGCUGUUGCUGGUGGAGAUGGGCUCCAGAGUCACUCCAGAGGCGCUGCACUAUGACUACGUGGACGUGGAGACCUUAACCAGCAUCGUGACUGCUGGGCGCAACUCCUUCCUAUAUGCAAGAUCCUGCCAGGAUCAGUGGCCUGAGCCCCGUGUCUAUGACGAUGUUCCUUAUGAAAAGAUCCAGGAUGAGAAGCCCGAGCACCCCACUGGGGCCCAGGUGAAGCGCCACGCCUCCUCCUGCAGUGAGAAGUCUCAUCGAGUGGACCCACAGGUCAAAGUCAAGCGCCAUGCCUCCAGUGCCAAUCAGUACAAGUAUGGCAAGAACCGAGCUGAAGAGGAUGCCCGGAGGUACCUGGUAGAAAAAGAGAAGCUGGAGAAAGAGAAAGAAACAAUUCGGACAGAGUUGAUGUCCCUGCGACAGGAGAAAAGAGAGCUAAAGGAAGCUAUUCGGAGCAGCCCAGUGUCUCUGGACUCAGGAGCAAAGCUAAAGGCUCUGGAGGAAGCUGUGGUCACCCUGGAAGCACAGUGUCGAGAGAGGGAGGAGCGCCGGAUAGACCUGGAGUUGCGGCUGGUGGCUGUGAAAGACCGCUUGCAGCAGUCUCUGGCAGGGGGCCCUACCCUAGGCCUCUCCAUGAGCACCAAGAACAAAAGUACGGAAACUGCAAAUAAACCCCAAAACAAUGUCCCAGAGCAGUCUCUCCCUGUCAAUUGUGUUUCUGAGCUACGGAAGAGGAGCCCAUCCAUCGUAACCUCCAACCAAGGAAGGGUGCUGCAGAAAGCCAAGGUUAAUUAGGAAUGGGAAAUGAAGAAGACCUAGAAAGAGGAUGAAGAUUUCAUUCCAAAAGAAGUAUCAGCUUGUCCACCUAAGGCAGAAAUGAUUUUUUCCCAGAGACACCAGGAGAAGACUGGAAGUAGCCCCCACUCUCUGGGGCACACAGAAGACUGUCCUUUAUUAGUCUUUGUGAUUUUAGGGGCCUGGGGAAGGAAAAAGCAGAAGGAAAGAGAGGAGUGGAGGGCAUACUUCUGACUUUACAAUGGGUAGAAAUGAGGGUGGAGGGGGACAAAAGUCUGUGCAACCUUAAAGGUUUUGUUAGCUAUCUUUGCCUUCCCUUCUGAAGAAGAAAUGAAAGCACAUGUGAAUAAGCCAUUCCAUCCCAUCUCAGCCUCCCAUUCCCAGUCCUUAAGGCAAAGGAGGGCAAUGCUGAAACAUCAGUGGUGCGGUAUAAAGAGAAAGGACUUGGUUCCGAUCACACUUGUGCCAACCACAUUUCCUGUGGGCAACGCAGAUGGCCUGCAAAAUCGGUAACAUUAUCCCUGCCUGCACAAAAGUGAAUGAGAGCCAUCAAUAACAUGCAAUCCUGCAAUCACUCCUCAUCUGUUUUAGAUCUAAGCAGAGUGCAGCUACUGGAAACUUCUAGAUUUGAAUAUUUUAAAAUCAAAUACCUGAGUACCCAGAGGGCAAAGAGACUUGAUCAACUGAUGUAUUUUAAGCUCACAGUGAUAGGAACAUGAAGUUCUAAUGUCCAUAGGAUGUUGAAGGCAUUGGACAAUAGGGUCAUUUGCUGCCAAGUCAAGUCCUUUAUUUUAUAUGACACUGACACUCCUGGAGCUAUAGUUAGAACUAUGUCUUUGUCCUAAUGAAGUUCUUCUAUCACACUGGGAGGCCCACCACCCUGCCCUUCUGUAUCUGCUAUAAAGCAAAACUAGACAACCAGAGGAUGGUGGUGCUUUGCUGCCACAUAGGUGCUAAGCCUUUUACAAACACUUGAUACUUUUAUAUGUGGUGCAGGACCUCAGGUCCUAAGCGGCCUCUUUUAUGCCACUCACUACUGUCUCACACUCUAGGCACUUUAUGGGUCUGUCUUUAACGUGUUUCUCUCCAAUAAAGAUAAAACCAUUAACUCAUAGAGCUCAACAGUUAGCUCAAGGGGGGAAAACGGGAAGUCCCAAAAGAACUUGUGAACAUUUUGUCAGAUGCUCAACAGUUAAUCCACCUAAAGUUUAACGUACUUCAGCCUAACUGAAACUACCACACUCUGAAGUAGCUGGAGGCCAGAACAGGAAAAAUAAUCUGACCAAAAUCCCCCAGCUGCUCACUGGCAGAGCACAUAAUUUAGGGGUUAUGAUCCAAAUAGCCCUGGGUUUGAAUGCUGCCUUUCCAGUAUACCUGCUGGGUAGCCUUAGGAGAAUCACUGGACCUGAUUUUUGCUUUCCUUAUCUGUGAAACAAGAUUAACUAUUAUACUUUCCCUCCAACUGAUAGGGGGAUUUAGUGAGAUAAUACAUGAGAAGCAUCUUGCUUGAUGUCAGACAAUAGGAAACAAGUCAGUGGUGGCUACAUAAGAAGUCUGACUCAGAAGUCUGUUCUUUCUACUAAGAAGAAAUGACUUUUAAAUGGCAAUUACAGGCAUUAAAAGGCAACCAAUCCAAGCCAGGCAUGCCUGUAAUCCCAUCACUCUGGAGGCUGAGGCAAGAGGAUGGAGUUCAAGACCUGCCUGGACUACAAGAACAAGAACCUAUCUCCAAAAAAAAAAGCAACCAAUCCAAACAUAGUUUUCAUACAAAUCCCAUUUCAGUUUCUCCAGUAACAAAAGAGCUCACAUACUCUGGAUUGCCAAUUUUCUUUUUUAAAAAUACAUAUACUAGGCCGGGGAUUUAGCUCAGUGGUUUUGCCACCUGCUGCGCAAGCGCAAGGACCUGAGUUCAAUCCCCGGUACCAAAAUACAUAUACUAAAUGGCAUCCACAAGAAUACCCUCAAUAUCUGUCACAUUUUUAUGCAGCUAUUUUGAGGUUAAAUCUCUUCUGCCAAUAUAUCUGGAUUCAAGAGGAGAGCCUUUAAAUCAUUAAUAAUUAACAUGUAUGGAGUACGUACCACGCAGGCAUUGUUAGCCAGAACCAAGCCCUAAGCACACAGCCUGUGUAGUCACACAGGGUCCCAUACUCAGAAGGGCCUAUCUGAUUUUGCAUUGUUGCCUUCAUAAUUUUUCCCUUUAAUAAUUUUUGAACAAAUGCUGUUUUCCUCUUGUGCCUUAAAUUACAUAGCUAGUCCUGGCGCUAAUCAGUUUUGCAGGCAUUAUUCCUUUAGUUACCACUAAAAUCCUUUGAGAUGGGUUAUAUUAUCCCACUUUUUGCAGUUCACUUUGAUCUUAGAGCCCUCCUGACUCCAAAGCUCUAUUUCGUGUAUCUCCCUCCUGUUGCACUGCAGCAUUCAGGAGUAGCAUUUAAUAAACAGAUACACUAAUGGCUGCAUGUAUGCAGCACACUUGGGUAAGUUGGCAGCUAAAAGAAAUGAAAGCAAAACAGCUAAAGCACAGGUGCUAAUUCUUACUCUUGUUAAAAUCCCUUAUUUGGUCGUGGGGGUUUUUUUGUUUGUUUUUCCAAACUACAGACCAGGGGGCUGAGGUGAGCUUAAAGCUCCACUCUUCCCAACACUUUGGUCUGUUAGAACCCUCCUGUCACUGGAUACUCACCAAUCACCCUGAGCCCCAGUUUUCUCAUACGUAAAAGGGAUUCAUAACCCCCAUAAUCCCCUCCCUAAGCCAUUUUGCUUUUCUCCUAAGACAUUUUAAAAACAACAAAAACAGGGCCAGGGAUUUAGCUCAGUGGUGCCACCGCCUGCCUCGAAAGUGCAAAGUCCCGAGUUCGAUCCCCGGUACCAAAAAAUAAAAACAUAAGACGUUGGUUAUGA